UCUCCGGGGCUGCCGUCCUCCUCUGCUGCUGGCGGAGGGAAGGAGCUGCGCCUCCUGGAGGCGCGGCUUCCAGCCGCCUCCCCGGGAAGUGGGUGCUUUCCAAAGUUCAGACCAGACCUGGAGGGUGCGGAACGGGCCUCAUCCAGGCUGCGAGCGCGGUGGUUCGUUCCCGGGGCGGUCGCCGAGUGCUGCAGCUGCCUUAGCUGGCAGCAGCCGGCUUCUCUGGAAAGGCUGUGGUGAGGGAAAGUCUCGUUAGCCCAUGAGCGUGAGGAGGCAGUGGUGACCGACGCUUUCAUCUUCCCCAAAAACAGUGCAGUCCCAUCAGGUGCCUCAGACGGCCCUUCCCCUCCGCCAGCCAGGCCGGUCACCGGCAGGGGAUGGCCUAGUGUGGUUGGGUCGGGCCCGAGAAGCCCAUGGAGGAGGUGCGCCUGGACAAUCCUGUUAGGGACACUCGGAGAGAAAAGAAAAAAACAAAACUUAAUACAUAUGAAACGGUGCCGUAGGUCUGGUGAGUUAGAACUGUGCCAGUGAGAUGGGUAUUACUGCUCCUCCUUUGGUACUGCGGGGGUUCCUUUCCUCUGUCCUGUGGAGUGCUGCAGGCAGAGGGGAAAGGACAGCUGAGUUCUGGUCAUGUGAGGUUUGGUUUCAAAAAUGGCAUUUUAGCUUCUUGUAGUUUUCCACUCUGGGUUGAAUUUGUGGAUAAAACUUUUUAAUUUAAUGUGUUCCUGUAACUUUAGUAUAACUUGUAGAAAAGAUGAAGCUUCCUGUUAUUUUCUGCAGCCUUAUCAAAAUGGGGAAGCUGUGGAGUUUUUGGAAAUGCCAAGGGAAAAUAUUUAACGAUUUUUGUCUAUGCAAUGUGCAGGAUUUUCCAUCGGUAUGUUCUAUAAAGUCCUGAGUAUUUAUCAUGUAUGACAACACUGUGUGUCACCAUGAUGUAAUGGAUAUAUUUAUUGUAUUGUCAGUUUUGUUAGGCAAAUUGAGUGAUACUUGCAUAGUGAGUAAAGGCUAUUUGAGGUCUGGAUGACUAACCUUUUGAAAGCUGUUUGCUCUGUGGAAGGUAUGCAUAUACAUUUCCUUCUUGAAUGAAGUCUGCAAUGAAACCUCAGGUCUCUUGAAGUCUUAAUUGGAAGCAAAAGAAGUUGAGAUCAUAGUGAGUGCUGCUAUAAUUUUGUUUUUCCUUCUAUGAAACCUUUGGUUUUUUAGGUAAUGUAAGCAAUUUGGUUAUACAUGAGAGAGGAAACAGGCAUGUCAGCUCUUUGUCCACCACCAUCUCCUGCAGUUGCUAAAACAGAGAUCUCUUUGAAUGGCGAGUCACCUUUAUUAGCUGCCACUUUUGCUUACUGGGACAAUAUUCUCGGCCCCCGAGUGCGGCAUAUCUGGGCCCCAAGGACAGAACAGGUACUUCUCAGUGAUGGAGAAAUAACUUUCCUUGCUAACCACACCUUGAAUGGAGAAAUACUUCGGAAUGCAGAAAGUGGUGCAAUAGAUGUGAAGUUCUUCGUCUUGGCAGAAAAAAGAGUAAUAAUUGUGUCCUUAAUCUUUGAUGGAAACUGGAAUGGAGACAGAAGCACAUACGGACUAUCAAUUAUACUUCCACAAAGUGAACUUGGCUUCUACCUGCCACUUCACAGAGUGUGCGUGGAUAGACUAACGCAUAUUAUAAGGAAAGGAAGAAUAUGGAUGCAUAAGGAGAGGCAAGAACAUUUCCAGAAGAUUGUCUUGGAAGGCACGGAGAGAAUGGAGGAUCAGGGCCAGAGCAUCAUUCCAAUGCUGACAGGAGAAGUCAUUCCUGUAAUGGAACUUCUUUCAUCUAUGAAAUCACACAGUGUUCCAGAAGAAAUAGAUAUAACUGACACAGUGCUAAAUGAUGAUGACAUUGGAGAUAGUUGUCAUGAAGGCUUUCUCCUCAAUGCAAUUAGUUCACACCUGCAGACCUGUGGUUGUUCUGUAGUUGUAGGAAGCAGCGCAGAAAAAGUUAAUAAGAUCGUGAGAACAUUGUGUCUGUUUCUUACACCAUCAGAGCGGAAGUGUUCCAGACUCUGUAGAAGUGAGUCUUCUUUCAAAUAUGAGUCAGGACUUUUUGUUCAAGGCUUACUCAAAGAUGCAACAGGAAGCUUUGUGUUGCCCUUCCGUCAAGUAAUGUAUGCCCCAUAUCCUACUACACAUAUAGAUGUGGAUGUCAAUACAGUGAAGCAAAUGCCCCCUUGCCAUGAACACAUCUAUAACCAACGACGAUACAUGAGAUCUGAACUGACAGCAUUUUGGAGAGCUAAUUCAGAUGAAGAAAUGUCUCAAGAUCAUAUUAUCCACACAGAUGAGAGUUUCACGCCUGAUUUAAAUGUCUUUCAAGAUAUCCUGCAUCGAGAUACAUUAGUAAAAGCCUUCCUGGAUCAGAUCUUUCAUCUGAAGCCUGGCUUGUCUCUAAGGAGUACUUUCCUUGCACAGUUUCUGCUAGUCCUUCACAGAAAAGCCUUAACUUUAAUAAAAUACAUAGAGGAUGACACGCAAAAGGGAAAAAAACCUUUCAAGUCUCUUCGUAGCUUAAAGAUAGAUCUUGAUUUAACAGCAGAGGGCGACCUUAACAUAAUAAUGGCUUUGGCUGAGAAGAUGAAACCAGGUCUGCAUUCCUUUAUCUUUGGGAGGCCGUUCUACACUAGUGUACAAGAACGGGAUAUGCUCAUGACGUUUUAAAGUUCUCCUCUGCUAAUGUGUAAUAUUGCAGUCCUGCAUGGCACAAGAAGAAGUCUGCCAGUGGGAACACCACACUUGUGACAAUCAUUGACUUGAUUGAGUAUGGAGCAUUAGGAGCACAGUAACACUACAGACUGUCCAAAGCAGGAGGGAGUCUUGUUACCGUUUUGUAAAUUGACCCUUAUUAGGGUGAAAUUAGUUAGUCAAACAUGAUUUCAAUUAAUCCAUCUUUUCUGUGUGCUUUUUUAUCAGUAAAUGUUGCCAGAGGUUCAUUUGCCAAAUGGGCUUAGUAGAUAAAUUUGAACAUGUUUUAGUGUAAGUUAAAGGGAAAUAUUUUAAUUUGCCUUCACCAGCAACUUCCUUCAGGUGUGUGUCAGUUUUUCCCUGUUCUGCUGUGCCAGUAUUUUUAGUAUUUCCACAGAAACCAAUACAUAUGUCCUUUGUAAUCAUGGAGGUGGUAGGAUAAGGGCCUUCCAAGAGUUUUGAAGAGUUUUUAAAAGUGUUUGUUCUUACAUAUGCUGUACAAAUCUGAAAUACAUCUUCCUUCAUCUCCCUUUUAAACACUACUGGUUUCUUCAUUUAGAGCAUUUAAAGGUGUUUAGGUUUUUUAAUAUACUACAAAAUGUUAUUCUUGUCUGCAAACUCUAGCAGGUCAUGAUUUAAGCAGCUUUGUGCAUGAAAGUGCCAGCAGGAUACUCUGUCACAGAUUGUUGGGCCAUGCUGCAUGGAAGUGUUCUGAGAUCCAGCAUAAUUGAGCUCUUUCAAAACAAAAUUGUAGUCAUUCAGCAGCAGUUGUUAAUCUUCCUUUAUGUAAAUUUCUGAUGGUUUUCUGUUGUCAAUUAGAAUAAGGUUCAGAUUAAAGUAUUAGACCUCACCAAAGAACACCAAGGUGAUAGCCAAACUAAAAGACAAAAUAGUAAUAUUUUUUUUUUACAUUGCUAUUAAUAUAUUAGGUCAUCCUUCAUUCAGAGAUGAGCACAGCAAUGAACUAACGUGAUUAGCAUUUUACUAAGUGAAUUCUAGUCAGUAAUCUUGCCAAUCUUCUUGGUUCAUCUUAGCAUGUCUUCAGCUUUGCUUUGCUUUGCUUGAAAAAAACCACCACAUUUUCUAUUUGUAUGCCUCAAAUUUUCUUUCUGAGCAGCAUGUAGAGCGAUGUGGUGUCAUGUUAAUCCAGACUCAUUUUUUUUAAGUCUUGAAACACGGUUGGUGUGUGUUGUAUUUCAAUCAGUGAUACGUCAGUAUUGCCUGUUGUUGUAUUGCUUUUCUUUUUGGACAAACACGGGAAUAUAUUUGUGUCAUGCAGUAUUCAUUGUGAAAGAGUUACUCUUGUGACUUGAGAAGCCACUGUUGCUUUAUUUCUUAAAGCAUUUGUAACAUUGCUUUGUGAAUAGGUUUCUGUUUUCAAGAUAGCACUUAAGCAUCUCUUUCGUGCAGCAAAGCAUAAAAGUUAACAAAUGUAGAUUGACAACUUUUCCUUAAAUGUCCAAUGCUCAGAGGAGUAAUGGUUUUAAAUUGCAAGAGGGGAGACUGAGGUUAGACAUUAGGAAGAAAUCUUUAGUGUGAGGGUGAUGAGACACUGGCAUGGGUUGUCCAGGGAAACCGUGGCUGUCCCAUCCCUGGAAGUGUUCAAGGCCAGGCUGGAUGAGGCUUGGAGCAACCUGGUCCAGUGGGAGGUGUCCCUGCCCAUGCAGGGGGUUUGGAACUAGAUUAUCUUUAAGGUCCCUUCCAACCCAAACCAUUCUAAAUAAAUACAUUUUUAAAAAGGUAUACUGUGCUUUAUUUAGAUGUCCAGAAUUCUCUUACUUGUCCUGAAAGACAAAAGAUUUGCAAUUAAAUAUUUAGAACUUCUUAAAGACCUGGAACUGUGGCCCAGCUGCACAUCAUUUUUAUGAACAUACAUCAUCAGUAUUGCCUGCCUGAAUAAGAAAUUUUAUUUUGUGGAGCUUUUUUUUUGCUGUAUGUGUACGUAAGACACUUGCAAUGAGCUCAGCACUUCAUCAACAGAACUUGUCAGAAUUACGCUGUCAUAAAUUACUUGUGCUAGGAUUCUGUUUGUCUUCCUACCAUUAUUAUUUCCUUCUGUGUUUUUAAUUACUUGAUGUAUUAGAAGAGCGUGAUGGUGCUCAUUUUAUUGUCAUGCGUAAGAUUAUGAAAAAAAACGUAAUGAUCACUGUUAAAACUUCUAAUUUAGAAGUUGAAUUGAAGUCUAAAGAGCUUUAAAUGUACUGCUCAAAUUAAUCACUUCAGCUUGAUAGGCAUUGGAAACUUAACAUUACACUAUAAACAGUUAACUGUUUACUGAAGAUGCUGUCUCUCUUUGAAAUUACUAAAAGCUGGAAUUCUUUAGUUGCUGCUUUUGUUGCACAACUGUGACAAGUGCACUGUCAUAAGUGCAGAAUGUAUAGUGAAGUAAAUUAUUAAAACCACCUGCAUGUUAUGUUGUAAAUCUUGCUCAGGAAACAAAGUAUUCUAAUAAAAUUAAUGCACAAUUUUUUGCUUUA